AUGUCGAAUGAGAGCACACGAGUUACCGUUAGUCGCGGUUGUACAGCCUCCGACGAGUGUGCGCAAGCAUUGGAACGGACAAACGAUGAGCUAGACAGAGAAUCAUCGGUAUCAGAAAGUAGAAGUGAUGAAGAGAGCCACGAGAAGUUAUCCCGACGUCGAUUCCCGACGCUAGGUAUAGGCAUAUGGCUCGAUUUGAAGGACAGAAUACCGUAUUACAAGUCAGAUUGGGUAGAUGCGUUUAAUUACAGAGUUAUUCCCUCUAUUGUUGACACCUACUUUAAUAACCUGCUACCUGCAAUAGCCUUUGCGCAAGAUAUGUUUGAUAGGACUGAUAAUUCCUAUGGUGUGAACGAAGUACUUCUAUCCAGUGCAAUGGCUGGAAUUGUUUUUGGAGUUCUUGGUGGACAGCCCUUAUGUAUAGUGGGUGUUACUGGCCCCAUCUCUAUUUUUAAUUAUACGGUCUACGAAAUUAUAAAGCCUUUGAAUACCAGCUAUUUUGGCUUCAUGUUUUGGAUUUGUAUGUGGUCUAUGAUUUUUCAUUUAGUUUUAGCAUUUACGAACGCCGUUUGCCUCUUGCAAUACGUGACUACGUUCCCAUGUGACAUAUUUGGAUUAUUUAUUAAUGUGGUCUACAUUCAAAAAGGAAUACAAAUUUUAACAAGACAGUUCAGUGCUAAAUCAGGGGAGAAAUCAGUACAAGACGGAUUUGCUAGUGUCGUGGUGGCGCUGGUUAUGACUGCGUUUGGUCUUUUCUUUAAAUUAUUUCAUUAUUACCCCCUCUUUUCUCAUAGGAUCAGAACAUUCAUAUCUGAUUAUUCAACUGCGCUUUCAGUGCUAUUCUGGUCAUCAUUUACACAUUUUGGUGGCUACUUGCAUGAUGUCAAAUUUAAAAAAUUGCCUAUUACGAAAGCUUUUUUUCCUACUUCCAAAGUCAAUAGGCCUCAAAAUACUUGGCUGGCAUAUGAACCGAUUCCUGUUAAAGACGUCUUUAUUGCCCUACCAUUUGGUAUAUUUUUAACAAUCUUGUUUUACUUUGAUCAUAACGUAUCGUCGCUAAUGGCACAAAGGCAUCAGUAUAAGCUGAAAAAACCAUCCUCUUUUCAUUACGAUUUCGCACUAUUGGGACUUACCACUUGCAUCAGCGGGGUUCUAGGAAUCCCGGCGCCCAAUGGUUUGAUUCCUCAAGCACCAUUGCACACAGAGACACUGCUAGUUAGGGAUUCAAACCAAAAGGUUAUCAGUUGCGUAGAGCAAAGAUUUACAAAUACGUUUCAGGGCCUGAUGAUUCUAGGGACAAUGACAAGACCGUUAUUGGUAUGCUUAGGAGAAAUCCCUCAGGCAGUACUUUCCGGAUUGUUUUUCAUUAUGGGCAUCAAUGGCCUAAUGACAAAUAGUAUUAUACAACGGUUGGUUUUCCUGUUUUCAGACCCUAACAGAAGAGAUAAUACUUCACCUUUAAUGAAAGUAUCCAAGAAGUCAAUGCUGAUAUUUCUUUCCUUUAGCCUGACGGGGUUUGCUGGUGAAUUUGCUAUCACAAAUACUAUAGCGGCCAUCGGCUUUCCCUUAGUAUUGCUUUUAAGUGUGUUAGUUUCUUUCUCGUUUGCUUAUAUUUUCCCGACUGAAGAAUUAAAGAUUCUCGAUACUAAUGUGGCACAAAAAUUUACCAUUAAAAAUUUGUUAUUGGAAAAUAUUCGUGAUGCAAAGUUCUGUGAUAAGCAUGAAGACUAA